AUGAAUUCGAGAAUAUGGCCAUCGUGGUCACUCACAAUCCUAAUAAUAGCAAUAAUCUGCAUAAGUUCAAGCAAUGCAAGACCAUUCAAUUCACGUUCUAUAUCAUUAGAUGAACGUUAUGGAAUCAAUAACGAACUGUCAUCCUGCUUAACAAAUAAAAAGGUGGAUUUCGUUGAUGCUUUAAGAAAUAACAGUCACAUCUACUUUGAAGCUUCACAAGGAGAUAAUAUGCGGUUUCAUUGGCAUCCAGUUGCGAUCAUAUUUCCAGCAAACACUCAACAAGUAAGUGAUGCGGUAAAUUGUGCAUCAAAGAGCGGAAAUAUUCAAACAGUUGCCCGUAGUGGUGGUCAUGCAUUCACUGGCUAUUCAUCUGGCGGUCAAGAUGGUGCAAUGAUCGUAGAUUUUCGUAAAAUGAACAAAAUUCAACCUGAUAGCAAAAAUGCUUUGGUUCAUAUCGAACCCGCAGCACGUUUAGGUGAUGUUGCCAAAGAUUUAUGGGCGGAUAAUCAAAUGGCAAUGCCGCAUGGUACCUGUCCUACUGUUGGCGUUGGCGGACAUUCCCUUUGCGGUGGUGUAGGACCAACGAGCAGAUUCUGGGGCAUGGCAACAGACAAUAUCGUAGAAGUGGAAAUCGUCCUAGCUGAUGGAAGUAUAGUCCAUGUCUCGCAACAUGAAAAUCCCGACCUAUUCUGGGCCGUGCGUGGUGCUGGAGUGUAUUAUGGUCUGGUUACCAAAUUCACCUUUUCUACCUACAAGGUGAAUCAUCCAACAACUUUUAUGCGAUACAAAUGGUCAGAGUCGAUUAAAACACCCGAUGAUGCUGUCAAACUGAUGCAUGCCAUUCAAGAUUUCGGCAAACAUCCUGAUCUGCCCAGUUCAAUCGGCUUCCAUGUACAAGUUUCUCCUACCGAAUCAGCAGGAGCAUCAGAAGGGAUGAUUACGUUGCAAUUGAGAGGGAUGUAUCUCGGCUCUAAAGAUGCUUACCUUGACAUAGUUGGGCCAAAGCUGUUCGAGGCAUUAGAAGCAGUCGGCCUUCCGAUCAAAGGUGAUAGCUUCAACGAAGAUGAGAUGAGCUAUCUUGAUUUGAUGAAAGAAUGGGAUGAUUUUGGCUCGCCGACUGAUAAAUUGGACACGCAACUUGAACGUAAGCGAAGAAACAAUUUCGUUGCCCGAACUUCGCUUGGGAUGUCACAAAAAGGUUUUUCAGAUGAAGGUUUUAGAACGAUUUUGAACGAAGUAUGGCAAAGACAGGUUGACGAAAAGAAGGGAUCUUUCAAAGCACAUUCGACUACCGAUCAAGAUUUCUGGAUUUGGAACAUUUAUUUCGAACUUUUUGGUGGCGUACACAAUCGAAUGCGAGAUGCUGAAAUACUUGCAAAAAGUUCAUUCUCACAUCGGGAUGCUUUAUGGCUCAUGCAAUCGAGUGUCGGUGGAUUUGAAAAGAAAUCUUUGGUACAUGAAGCAUAUGCAAUGGUACAUAAGAUUGAUUCGGCGAUUCAUAAAGCAUUGCAAGACGACAAUUUGGAAAAAAUGGGAUAUAGCUGUUAUGCUGAUCCUACUUUGCAAGAUUGGAAGCAUCUCUAUUAUGGCAAAUCUGUCGAUAAAAUGACGGAUUUGAAGCGUAAAUAUGAUCCAAAGAAUUUGUUCCGCAACCCACAAUCCCUGAUCGAAACACCUCGAGAAUUGGUCUCAGGUCUGAAACAGUGGAUUCUUUCGCCACAUCCCCUACCGUAG